CCGUAUGGUUGUUUAAACCCUUAAUUUCCCGAGGUCUUGGUCAUUUGAGGGUAAGAAGUUGAAACGAGAAGUCGCAAUACACAUCUACCUCAUUUUUGAAUUACUAAUCGUCAAACAUGUUGCGGUCGGCUAUUGCUCUAGCCGUCUUGGUCGGCUUAGUUUCCCCGGUGACGUCACAGGAAACGGUUCAGGUUACUUUCACAGCAGGCCGGGUGGAGGGCUACAAGUUGGACGUUUUGGGUAAAAAGGUGGAUGCCUUUCUUGGCAUUCCGUACGCAGAGGCUCCCGUGGGAGCACGCCGCUUUAAAGCCCCGACAGCCAAGGCGACUUGGAGUGCUGUCAUGGACGCCAAAGUGUUUGGGAGCAGCUGCGCCCAGCUAGGCAUGGCAAUGCCACCAGAUCCACCAGCCUUGGAUGGUCAAGAAGAUUGUCUGUUCUUGAAUGUGUGGGCGCCCUCCCCGUCGCAGGCUGGCACACCUGUCUUAGUCUGGAUCCAUGGCGGAGGUUACAGCAGGGGUACGGCGUCUACUGAUGACACCAACGGCAAGAUCUUUGCAGCGGAGGCGGGGGUGAUCGUUGUGUCCAUGAACUACCGAUUGGGUGCGAUGGGGUUCUUGGCUUUGGGUCCUGAGACAGCUCCGGGUAACGUGGGUCUCAUGGACCAGGCCCUGGCCCUACAGUGGGUGCAAGACAACAUCGCGGCGGUGGGAGGCGAUCCAGACCAGGUUACCAUAUUCGGGCAGAGUAACGGCGCUAGCGACGUUGGGAUACACAUGAUGGCACCGACGAGCAGGGAGUUGUUUAAGCAGGCAGCCCUUCAGGGUGGCUCGGCAUUAGCUAGCUGGGACUACGGCACCAUGGAAGGUGGGAUCGGGUUCGCAAACGCCCUGGCCAAGAAACUCGCCUGCGACGUGAACAACGACGGUGAGAUGCUGACCCCUGAAGAAGUUCUCACAUGUAUCAGUCUUGUUGAAAUCAGGACCAUUCUGGAUAAUCAAGAGAUUCCGGCUGGUGCUUUCAACACUCCGUGGAAGCCAGUGAUUGACGGGACUUACAUCACGGAAGACCCGAUGGUAUCCAUCAGGACCGGCAACAUCAAGAAAUGUUCGGUACUCAUAGGUUCCAACAGGAACGAAGCUGCGUUCUUCGUGAAUCGCGCCGACGGUUUCAACGACACGGGGAUGACGCCUGCCAACUUCGUCUCCAGCAUCAAGUUUCUUUUCCCAGACGCCAAUCCGUUCGGCGUAGAUGCCAUCGAGUUUGAGUACACUCCGUGGGAGGAACCCGCCAACGGUGCCGGGGCGGGACUGCGGGACGCCACCGUGCUGACUAUGACGGAUGUGAUCUUCAAGUGCCCAGGUACCACCUUCGCCCUCGGCUGCGCCGCCGUCGACCAGGCCGUGUAUUUCUACCAGUUUGGCCAGAGGCCAUCCAUCAGCUUUUGGGCACCAUGGAUGGGAGUGGUACACGGAGACGAGAAUAACUACAUCUUCGGCCGUCCGCUCGACCCAACGGUUGUGGGUUACACCGACGAGGAGAAGGAAUUCAGCCGAAUGAUGCUGAACCACUGGGCCAACUUUGCCAAAACAGGUGACCCCAACAAGGCAGCCGUUGAUGACCCCGAUGGCCCCUGGCCCGUGUACACCACCGACCAGAAGCAGUAUCUUCUCCUUGAUGCCAGGAUCGUGAACGACACCUACGACGUCAUGAUUGGGCCAGACAGCCAGCAUUGUGCAUUCUGGAAGAGUUACUACCCAACACUUCAGAGAAAGACAGGAGAACUUGACGAACUAGAGACCGAUUGGAAGAACCAAUUCGCAGAGUGGAGUAACGACAUCACUGAUUGGAAAGACGAGUUCAAAAAAUACAAAGACGGCACGCAAUGCGAUUAGUUCGGUGGGAUAUUGGCCUGGCGGUCUUGCUGGCAGUGAGGGCGUGCUUCUAGUUCAGUACUGAAUGGUUGGUUGGUUUAGCCAACAGAACUACGAAAAACUCUAAAUCAGUAAUAUGUGUGUGUGCUUUGUUUAUGAGAAUUACCAGUCAAAACAUAGAGAUUAGAAUAAAACUGAUAUAUGGAAUUGACAAUUUUAGAAAGUCGGAGGCCGGAUGGGGUUUCCCCGUGAUUUUCUGUUGAAGAUUUAUAGGGAGUUUUCACUCGUCCCUUAAUCAACGAGUUAUUUUGCUUAACGUUAUUUUGUACUUGUAGAUUGCACACAUGCAUCCACUCAGCUCAGAAGCUAAAGAAAAAAAUCAAGUUUACUUAGAUAACAUUUAAAAGGAAAUAAAUUGUCCUAUUUAUUGACGUUUGUUUUAUUUUUUAGGUUUACACAUAUCUAGCUAAAGACGUAGCUGAAAAUGUGUUAGUAUUUUUUAUUUAUUACGUCCGCGUCCCUCAAACAUAGUAUCUUGUGCGCAAACUCAGAUGGCUCUAAUAAAAUGGGUCUGCUGCCACCAAGCGGCAAUUUUCACUCCAACA